AGGCACAUUGAAGUAGGACAACACAAGAGUAGGUGAGUAACCCUCAUUCUUGAGAGAUCGUGAGUGAGACAGGCAAAAAUGAUUGAUCAAUGAUCAUGGGUCUGCGCUAAUGUUUGGCCAGGGCUCAAAUUGACUCGAUAUCUUUCGACGACCUGAAGCAAUACCAUAGUGAAAUCCGAGCCUCUGGAUCAUUCCGUGUCAGAAAGCAUCCAGUGAUCCCAGGUUGUUCCCGGUCUACUGUGGAAAUUGAACCCUGGGGAAUUGAUCGUGCCCAUCACCGGCCUCAUCAUGUCUGUGCUCAAUCUAGCCUGGGGUCAGGGUGGAGGACUACUGCCCGCCUUCAAAUCGGCCCUCUUAUUACGUGGGUUCGCAACUAGCCAGUCGGCCUGUAAAAAAGUGACCUACCAUAAACCGUCGGAGUGUUUGACGCUCUUUGAUCGUCAAGAUGGCGAACGCAAGUCCAUGGUAGAGGCCGAGAAGCGGUUUAAACGUCUCGAUUGGGGCGUGUACAUCCGUCCACGAGCGGGUCGCAACCAGUUGCGAUACAAACGAUCCGCCCGAUCCAUUUGGAACCGAGAACAACACGUGUUUUGCGCCAAAUAUCACAUCUCACUGCUGAAUCGUAUGAUAUCGCCUGAGGUGAAGGCUAAGCGAUUUCUGCCCGAAGACAUCUACGAAAAGUACAACCGUACGUCAUUGACCAAGCAUUUGUACACCAAGUUGAAAAAUGCGGCCAAUAUUGAGCGGUUCGGCUCCACGUUGCACCGGUUUCCCGGCUGGAAAGCCCACUUGUCCCACCACGGAUCGCGGUACAAUCGGCCCGAGAAAGUGCUCUAUGAGCCCCCAGGUUAUGUUCGUAAUAUCUUUGACCAUGGUGGGGUGUAUUCGCCCGAAUUUGUGCCUCAGGACCGACCUGCGCCAUCUUUCGAGCGACCGCUCAUUCGGGCUAACAAAAAGAUGCGCGAUUCUUAUUUGGUAGAGGCGUUGAACCUGGAGACGUUCAGUUCGGCCAAUAUUCCACGUUACCAUCCACUACUCAAGCCCAUGUUUAAGAAGUAUUGAGUCAGCUUGAUAUUGCAGAAGUCCCUUGAGUGCCUCCCACAAUGAAUUGACGAAUGUGAUUAGUGUCGGAUCAAAGGCGAAAAAUAGAUAAUUGCGCUAAAUCAAAAA